AAUUCGUUUCUAAAUUAUUUUUUUACUAAAGAUUAAAAAUAUCAUCUAUUUAACUUAACAAGUGCUGUUGACAACAGUUUUUUAUUUUGAUCAGCAUACAUUAAAAGGUGCAAUAAACAGUAGCUUGGCUGAAAACAAGGACCUAUAAAGAUGUCUGAAACAAAAACGUCUCAAAAACGCGUUACUUCUGACGAUUUGCUAGCUCUUCUAGAUAAACAAGACCAAAAUUUAGAUCAACGAGAUAUGGUAACAAAUAAAAACGGUCGCAGCAGGCCUAGAAGCAUUGGUCCAGGAUUCCAAGGAAUUUCUGGUAGUUCUGAUGAAAAAGUUGAAGAUUUUAAAGCAGUUCUUAAAAAUAAAGUUAUUGUUGAUAAUAAAAUCUCAAACGAACAAAAAAAUGUCCCUGAAUGGGCCUCCAGCAAAAGACACAUUGAUGUGAAAAAAAUUGAAAAGAAAAAACAUGAAGGAGAAGAAAAGAAAACCCCAGCAUGGGCGAACAAAAUUAAUUCAACAAAAAAAUUUAUUGAUGCAGAAAAGGAAAACAAGAAGGAUAAAAAGCUUAACAGUAUGAAGACACCGGCUUGGGCAAACAAACUUAACAGUGCUCGUGCUAGUAUUGAAGCAUCAAAAGAAGAAAAAAAUGACGAGGCAAAAAACGCUCCAGCAUGGGCUAGAAAGUUAAACAAUACAAAAAAGUUUACUGAAGAUUCAUCCCCAAUAAAUAUCAACACAUCGCCUGCCCUUAAUGAAAAUCACGUUUCUAACUCCUCUGAAACGCAGUAUGAAACUAUAACAACCAAUGACCCCGAAUUGGUUCCUUCAACGGAUAAACAAGAAAAAAAAAUACACAUAUCAGCACAUUCAAAAGAAUCUUUACCUGAAGAAGAACCGAAAGACAUUAAGCAAACUAGAGAGCCAAGUCCUUCACUUGACUCUGACACUCAAAUUUCAAGAGUAGAUCGAAAUCGGGGUCCAAAAAAAAAUUCUGAAAGCUUGCAUAAAGAAAAAGAAUCAAGUCUCGAAUCAAAAUCUGAAACACGUGGUCCUAGAAAAACGCGGCAAUUGGAAUCAGAACCAGAGUUAGAAUCACGCAGGCAAACACGACACGAUGAAGUUGAAGAAAACUCUGUAAGAUCUCAAAGAAACCGCAACACUACAGAAAACAACGACACAACCCAAAGACGUAGAAAUCGAGAGGCAGAAGAUGAAGACGAAGAAAUAAGCAGAUCGAGUCGAUCUCGAAGUUUGCGUAACACUGAAAGAGAGAAAGAAGACAGAGAAGAAGACGAAGCUCGGGCAUCUCGGCGACGAGCUCUAAGAACAAGAAAGCAAGAGGAAUAAUAUUUUUUUUUAAAUAGCUAUUUAUUACAUUUUAUUAUUUAAUAAUAAUUUUUCAUUA